CCGUCGCCAGAAAGACACAGGAUGAAGACGGGCAGGGCAUCUCGGCAAGUCGGGUCCCCGUCGGAUGAACCCGCUCCCGUCAUGUCCAGGAGAGAAAUCGCACAGUUGACCUGCAGUCCCAAACAGCUGGUGUGUGUGGAGAUGCUGCAGGAGGGAAACCACAGGUCCUUCACGGAGCUCUACAGUCUGCUGCGUUCUGAUCGGGACCGGAGAGCAGCAGCAGAACCCGGGUCAGCUCUCUGCUCCCAGACGCCUCUGGAGGAACAAGCAGACAAACUGCAGCUCAUCAGGAAACACCUGACCCGGGCCGAGGAGGAGGACCGGGUCCACCUGACCCGGGACCGGGUCCACCUGGAUCAGGACCAGAUCCACCUGACCCGGGCUGAGGAGGAAGAUCGGACCGGGGCGUGCGAGCAGCGUCUGCUCCUGGCUCGCCUCCUCUCGGCUCCAGAGGACGCCUGGCUCAGACUUCACUUCCUCCACGGUGCCGAGCAGGACGAAGGCUCCAGAAGCUCCGCUGAGAGAAAACUGAGCCUGAGUGAGGAGUACCUGAAGCAAGGUGAGCUGCACCGUGCGAGGCAGCAGGUGGAGCUGUUGCUCCAGCAGCUGGGAGACGGCUAUCUGGACUGGAACCGUGCCGGCUGGCCGCCGCCCUGCUGGACUCCGGGGACUGCGGCGCCGCCCUGGUGCUGCUCCGGCGGGCGCACGGCGCCGUCAUGGAGAGUCGGUGGACAUCAGCACUUCAUCCUCUGUGACGAUGAGGAUGAAGAUCCAAACACUUCUUCAUCUCUGUUUCAGUCGGAGACAAGAGGCUGGAGGCGGAGGCCGCGCUCCAGCUGGGACGGACCAAUCAGAGCGCAGGGAACCACCACGCAGCCCGACAGGUUCCGGGCUGACCCCGUCACGUCUCCUGAGAGAGAGAGAGGAAGACUUGGUGAUGAGAGUGUGUGUGUCCAGUUCUUCAACAGCUGCAUGCAGAUCUGUGGAACUCUGGGAGAUACAGACGGACUCCUGGAGGCUCGCAUGGCGACCGCUGAGUGCCUGGAGAGUGAGGGGAGCCAUGAUGAGGCCGUCCAGUGCUUGGAGGAAGUCGUCGAAAUCACCAGAAGCAACGGACUGCAGGAGCAACUGGCUGAGACCUAUAUGCACCUGGGAAACAACUACUACAACAGGGCUCGGUGUCGGACGGCCUGUGACUACUUCCUGCAGAGCUGCCAGGCGGCCAGAGACGCCGGAAACCGGUCUCUGCUGGAGGACGCUCAGGUGAUGGUGGGCGUCUGUCGCGCCCGCAGCUCGUUUGAGUCAUACAUGGCCGACGUGGCGUCGUCCUCGCCGUCGGCCUUACGGAGACUCCGGCGGUACGAGGCCGCCGGGGCCGAGCGGGACCCCGACUCCGGCGCUGAAGAGGGCUGA